AAAACCGGAUCGUUCUGGAUGACAGUUCGGCGGCAUUAUUCCAUGUGACCGUUUUAAAUGCCUUUGUACACACGUGUAUUUUACGCUAACCUGGGCCAGAUUUCCCACGAGAAGUGACGAAUGCUAAAGGAAAAUCCUCACAUUUUUAGCAACUUCGGUGCAUUUUCAUCUCAAUUUUUUACCGUGCUCCAUCUUGGGGAUUAUUUUGCAAUCUAGUGGAGACAUUGUGAGAAUUUUUCAUCAAGGGUAAGGCAAUUUAGGUGUGAAUUUCUUUCACCGAGAUGGGUGAUUCUGGCAACGAUGCUGGGCCAGGCGAAGCAGCGGUCGAUGCCCCGCCGCCAAAGAGAGGCCGUGGACGGCCACGCAAACACCCCAAACCUGAAGAGGUGCCUGAAGAGAAACCGAAGGGAAAAGCAGCCAAGAAGAAGGCUGAUGCCGCAGGAGAUACCGCUGCUAAGACCGAGGCGAAAGCCACGAAAACUAAAGCACAGCCACCAAAGAAGGCUGCACCACCCGAGAAAAAGAAGAGGGGGCGAAAACCUAAGCAAAAGCCCAAGGAGCCAUCAUCUGACGAGGAAGAGGAAGCAGAUGCAGCCAAUGAUUCUGCGUCCACUGAAGAGUCAUAGUAACCGUGGCAACCCUUGUAUCACCUCCAGUAGUCUUGAAUUUGCAAGACUGUUUUUCUCCUCAGACAUUGUGUAACAUUGUAGAGAUGUGUCAUUAGAUGGCACUGUGUUUUCACUCUUUUGCAGCUUUUAUAGUUUGUUUCUAGUGUCAAGUUGCUUCCCACAUGCUGUUGUCAAGUUUUACCCUGAAAAAUAGAUUAAUUUGUAUUUUUCUAGCAAUACAAAAAGUUAAUCAAUUUUGAAUGAGACAUCGAACAAAAAACUGUGUUCAUGUUUGUAAACGUGCAAGCUUGAUAAUAAUUCAGGUGUAUCUCUUGUGCAUUAUGGGUGCUUAAGCAACGUACAAUAAAAGCAUAUUUUCAUCAGGUUAAGAACCUCCAAAAUAGAGAAGAGUAGUUUUUACGUUAAAAUAUAACAUACAAAUGAAAAAUUUGUUGGGGGAAAAAAAAUCCACAUGUUGAAGAGCUCAGGUAGAGCACUUUGAACAACUGUAUCGACUGAACUUAUUUUGAAGCCCGUCAGAAAAUAUUAUUGGCUUCAUUAGAACCCACCGAUAUUAAAAAUUGGAGGAAUUUGUGACAUUAAAAAUGUAUUCUGUGGACCUGGAGUUUUGCAGCUGAUUUCAAUACCUCAAGAAAGGACUAGAUUUUUUAAAUCCAAAAACCAUCGUUAAAUAUUAAUCAGGAUCAACUCACAUACUUCAGUUUUAUGUUUUCAAGAUGCAAUGUAUUUGUGUUGGAUGUUUUCCUGUUGUUGGCUGAAUAAAACUUAAAAGAGUGUUAAACUGACA